UCCCGUGCUCUUUUAUCCGGAACCUUUCGCAGUUAGUCGUUACCCUCCGGAAAGAUAUUAGGGAAGCUCCUGUUUCAUCAUGUCGCGGCACCUUCGCUUCAUAGCUCGGACGGUGAUGGUUCAAGGCGGCGACGUCGAUGUGGCGUACAGGACCUUAAACAGGCUUCUAACCCAGGAUGGGAUAAUCGAAACGGUGAAGCGCAAACGCUACUUCGAGAAGCCUUGCCGAGAGCGACAGAGGAAGAACUUCGAGAACUGCAGGCGCAUUUACCACAUGGAAAUGGCUCGAAAGAUUGCUUUUGUCUCCAAGACAAACAGAGAGGAUCCCUGGCUCGGCUGCUAGGGAGGUUGAAUGUGUUGAGAACGGACAAUAAGGACGAACUGACUAACCAAGGAGGGCAGGGGAAACGCUAGACAAACGCCAUCGUCUGUGUUACACCUCAAGGGACUUGUGAAAAAAAAAUUAAACAAAAUUGAAGAAAAUGUUUAUAGAUGUUCAUUCAUCGUUUGUCUUCUCUAAAUAAAAAAAUAAAAAUGCAA